GCGGUUUAGGAUUGCUGCUCUUCUGAAAGGCGCGGUUCCGGUCGUGGUCCAAUUUCUGUAAAAACAUAUUUGUAGUUUCAAAAAAUAUUUUUUCAUUUUGCUUUCGGAAAGUGAUUAAUGGCACCAAAAUGAACGCCAUAGAUUGUGUGCUAUGACUUCAUGUGCCUCAUUUGGAUGCAUCGGAAGGCCAGCUGUUCCUAAUCUGACAGCCUCUCUAGUGCUUGAAGACAUACCGGUUGAAACGGAACCAUCAACAGUGCUUAGAGGCGAAAGAAGACCCAAUUCCCUAUUAAAACACUACACCCCUAAACUGGAGUACAUUUGAGACAUCACACUUCAGACAUGAUUACCUCAGAGCUACCAGUUUUACAGGAGUCAGCUAAUGAAUUGAGCCAAACUGAAACAGUCAGUCUGAGCGUGAGCGUCAGUGACCUGGGGGACACCGGAGAGGUCAAGGGGAAGAAGAAGAGGGGCCGACCCGGGAGACCACCAUCAGCCAAUAAGAAGCCUCGAAAGUCUCCAGUGGAGAAGGGCCAACUCGGGCCCCCACGUGGGAGGAAAGCCAAUGGUGUGACCCAACAGAAUGGGGAGCGGGAUCCAGUCACGUUGUUCGAGGUGGUCAAACUGGGCAAAAGUGCUAUGCAGGCUGUCGUAGAUGACUGGAUCGAGUCGUACAAACUGGACCGUGACAUCGCCCUGCUGGACCUCAUUAACUUUUUCAUCCAGUGCUCUGGGUGCAAAGGCACUGUAAGAAUCGAGAUGUUCCGCAACAUGCAGAAUGCAGAGAUUAUCAGGAAAAUGACAGAAGAGUUUGAUGAGGACAGCGGUGACUACCCCCUCACCAUGCCUGGCCCACUUUGGAAGAAGUUCAGGUACAACUUCUGCGAGUUCAUCGGGGUUCUGAUCCGGCAAUGCCAGUACAGCAUCAUCUAUGACGAAUACAUGAUGGACACGGUCAUCUCCCUGCUGACCGGGCUGUCCGACUCCCAGGUCCGAGCCUUUAGGCACACCAGCACCCUGGCCGCGAUGAAACUCAUGACGGCUCUUGUAAAUGUGGCCUUGAACUUGAGCAUCAACCAGGACAAUACGCAGCGGCAGUACGAAGCUGAGAGGAACAAGGUCGCAGGGAAGAGGGCCAAUGAGAAGCUGGAGCUACUGUUGGAUAAAAGGAAGGAACUCCAGGAGAACCAAGAUGAAAUUGAAAAUAUGAUGAACUCGAUCUUCAAGGGCAUUUUCGUUCACCGCUACAGGGACGCAAUAGCGGAGAUCCGGGCCAUCUGCAUAGAGGAGAUUGGCGUCUGGAUGAAAAUGUACAGCGAUGCCUUUCUGAACGACAGCUACCUGAAGUAUGUUGGGUGGACGCUCCACGACAGGCAAGGUGAAGUGCGGCUCAAGUGUUUGAAAGCUCUUCAGAAUCUGUACACCAACCGAGAACUCUUCCCUAAGCUUGAGCUCUUCACUAACCGCUUUAAGGACCGUAUUGUGUCCAUGACCCUGGAUAAAGAGUACGAUGUGGCCGUUGAAGCCAUCCGAUUGGUGACGCUAAUCUUGCAAGGCAGUGAGGAUGCCCUUUCAAAUGAGGACUGUGAAAAUGUUUACCACCUGGUGUACUCUGCCCACCGGCCCGUGGCAGGUGCAGCGGGAGAAUUCCUCCAUCGCAAGUUGUUCAGCAGACACGAUCCCCAGGCAGAGGAGGCUCUAGCCCGGAGGAGGGGGAGGAACAGCCCCAAUGGGAACCUCAUCCGCAUGCUGGUGCUUUUCUUCCUAGAGAGUGAGCUGCACGAGCAUGCGGCCUACCUGGUUGACAGCCUGUGGGACAGCUCUCAUGAGCUGCUGAAGGACUGGGAGUGCAUGAGUGAGCUACUCCUGGAGGAGCCUGUGCAGGGAGAGGAGGUUUUAGCGGACCGGCAGGAGAGCGCCCUCAUCGAGCUGAUGGUGUGCACCAUUCGACAGGCGGCCGAGGCUCACCCCCCCAUAGGACGGGGGACAGGGAAGAGGGUGCUGACGGCCAAAGAGCGCAAGAUUCAGAUGGAUGACAGAAACAAACUGACAGAGCACUUUAUCAUGGCUCUACCCAUGCUGCUUUCAAAGUAUCAGACAGACUCAGAAAAAGUUGCGAACCUGCUUCAGAUCCCGCAGUUCUUCGACCUGGACGUGUACUGCGCUGCCAGGAUGGAGAAGCACCUGGAUGCCCUACUGAAGCAGAUAAAGUUUGUGGUGGAGAAGCACACUGACUUGGAGGUGCUGGAGUCCUGCAGCCGCACCUACAGCAUCCUGUGCAGCGAAGAGUAUACCAUCAUGAACCGUGUGGACAUCGCCCGCAGCCAACUCAUCGAUGAGCUGGCCGACCGCUUCACACUGUCCUUGCAGGACCUGCUGCAGGAGGGGGAAGAGGCGGAUGACGACGACAUCUACAGUGUGCUCGCUGCCCUCAAGAGGCUCACGGCCUUCCACAACACGCAUGACUUGACAAGAUGGGACUUGUUUGGGAACUGCUACCGGUUGUUGAAGAUUGGGAUAGAACAGGGCUCCAUGCCAGAGCAGAUUGCGGUGCAGGCUCUACAGUGCUCGCACUACUCCAUCCUGUGGCAGCUGAUCAGGGUAACAGAGGAUUCACCAUCCAAGGAUGACCUCAUCGCUCUGAGGAGGGUAGUCAAGUCCUUCCUGGCCAUUUGCCAACAGUGCCUGUCAAACGUCAACACUCCGGUCAAAGAGCAGGCAUUCAUGCUGCUGUGCGACCUCCUGAUGAUCUUCAGCCACCAGCUGACCACCGGAGGGCGGGAGGGCCUGCAGCCACUGGUCUUCAACCCUGAUGGCCCUCUGCAGAACGAGCUCCUCGGCUUCAUCCUCGACCACGUCUUCGUCGACCAGGACGAGGAAAACCAGAGCAUGGAGGGUGAUGAAGAGGACGAGGCAAAUAAGAUCGAGGCCUUGCACAAGAGAAGGAACCUGCUGGCUGCCUUCAGCAAGCUCAUCAUAUAUGACAUUGUAGACAUGCCUGCCGCCGCCGACAUCUUCAAACACUACAUGAAGUACUACAACGAUUAUGGUGACAUCAUCAAGGAGACGCUGAGUAAGACCAGACAGAUAGACAAGAUCCUUUGCGCCAAGACUCUGAUCCUCAGCUUACAGCAGCUCUUUAAUGAGCUCCUGCAGGACCAGGGACCCAACCUGGACCGUACCUCGUCCCACGUGAGCGGGAUCAAGGAGCUGGCCCGCCGCUUUGCCCUCACCUUCGGCCUUGAUCAGAUAAAGACCAGAGAGGCUGUGGCCACACUGCACAAGGAUGGAAUUGAGUUUGCCUUCAAAUAUCAGAACCCGAAAGGGCCAGAUUUCCCUCCUCCAAACCUGGCUUUUCUGGAAGUGCUCUGCGAGUUCUCCUCCAAACUCCUGCGGCAAGACAAGAAGACAGUUCACUCGUACCUGGAGAAGUUCAUGACGGAGCAGAUGAUGGAGAGGAGGGAGGACAUUUGGCUGCCGCUGAUCGCCUACAGGAACUCCCUGCUGACGGGCGGAGACGACGACCGCGUGUCCCUCAUCAGCGGCAGCAGCAGCAACAAGACUGGCUCGGUCCGCAGCAAGAAGGGCCGACCACCCCUGAACAAGAAGAAGAUAGACGAGGAGAGUGUGGAGGGCUCGUGGCUGGUGAGGAACGACACUCUCCCCACGCCGAGUGCACUGCAGACACCUCAGCUCACCUCCACUGUCCUGAGAGAGAACCCCCGCCAGGCACCCCAGCACCUCCCAGACCAGGACUCCGAGCCCAGCUCUGAACCAGACUACAUGCACAAUCCACAGAUGCAAAUGUCCUGGCUCGGACAGCAGAAACUGGAGGAGUUGAACAGAAAAGACAGAGCCAAUAUGAACUACAUGAAAGGCAGGACUGCAGGAGUUCGACAAACAGUCCGGGGUCUCAUGGAGGAUGACGCCGAGCCGAUCUUUGAAGACGUGAUGAUGUCAUCCCGUGGCCAGCUGGAGGACAUGAACGAGGAGUUUGAGGACACCAUGGUCAUUGAUCUGCCACCCUCCAGAAACCGACGUGAGAGGGCAGAGCUGAGACCGGACUUCUUUGACUCUGCAGCCAUCAUAGAGGAUGACUCGGGGUUCGGAAUGCAGAUGUUCUGAAGAUGCUGAAGUUGCAUUGAAAGAAGAGAAAAUGGUGUUGGGGGUGGAUUGUUAGGGGGUUGCAGCAAUGGUGGCCUUCAUACUGUGACAACUGCUUGGGACACUUUAGAAAAGAUUCAUUAUAUGUGGGACAUGCAGAGCAGUCAGUGAUGCAGUUAAAAUGGAGAUGAGGGAUGGGGACUCCAGUGGAUCCCCCCUUCCCAAAAAAAACCUCAAAUCUACAAGUACAUCCCCUCACCUGGGUGACCAGAGGCAAUGGAGCACCUCACCUUGUGCUGGGCACUCUGCCGUCAUACUGCAUGACCCUGAGACCCCUUUCAUCUGAAUAUUUUUUAAAUGAUUUAACAAGUCAUACUUAUGACAAAAUGGGGAAAAAAGAGUUUCAAAUGUAUGCCUCACAUUAGCAUACCUAUAGUAAGAACAGCAAGGCAUUACUGAGGUAUGCCAUUUUACAAUGGGGAGACGAUGCCCUUCUCUGAACAGACUGAUGUACUCCUUUGUCUUUGAUGGAUUUGUAAUCGUCUUAUUUAAAUUUCUUACACUGGAAAACGGAAAUAUCAAGAUCAAAGUAAAAAUGCCCCCGCUCUCCCCCCCAACAAAAUGUUAAUAUUGUGGUGUGAUGUGACUAAUGCACAAAAAGUAUUGUGUCUGUUGUAGGGUGUUGCAAUUUGUCAGACACUUUGAUUGCGCAGUUGUUGAAAAUAUGAAGGUUUCGCCCCUGACAGAGAUCGGCCUUGUUGGUUAUGUUCCAAUAUUGCGGCAACUCUUGCCUGUUGAGGAUAUUGCCCGUCGAUUGGGAACUGCUUCCAACUAUCAAAGGGGCCAGAUGAUAGGUAAUUAUUUGCUGGGAUGCAUUUAUUUGUAUGUGGGGGGAUAAAAACACUGGAAUGUCAGAUGAUACUGGGUAGCAUGUUUUCGGAUUCAGGAGAUUCCUGAGAAAAGACAGGGACUCAUAUCUCGCCCAACUCUUAAACUCAAGCCUUUUUAAGGUAAACAGAUUAAUGAUGAGUGUAAUGCUCUUUAUUUUCCAAUACAAUCACAGAUUAUCCAGCCUGGUGAGGGGAGUGAGUUUUAAAGAAAUUGUUUGAAAGACAAAUUCAAUAUGAAAUAUAUAUAAGAGUUUAGUAGUUUUUAGUAAAAGUAAAAUCAAGUGUGAUUGUUAUUUUUGGAUUUAUAUAUUGCUGUACAGCUCUGCUGUCAAAUCGUAGACUAUAUGCCUGUGGAAUGCUCCCAAGCACUCACCAGCCUGUGGGAGAGGAGGCGGGCGGUGUACAGGGCUGGGCUGGCCACAGAAAUCCCCAAACCAAGCCGAUUGCGAGUCCCCAAGGGCCACCUUGUCUGCUUUUGUUGUUCCCUUUCAAAUCAGCAGCCAGUUUAGCCUUGGAAACAAUGUGCUGCAAUUUCCACAGUUUGGGAAUCUGUGCCCUUGCUGUCAUGGAAUGUAUCCCUGUAGCCAGUCUGUUCUUGCAGGGUGGAGGUUGUCCUUUGGAGAGAGAUUCAAAUAUUCAUCCUCUGAUUGCCUAACUGUAGAGGCCCACAUUUCAGUGCCAACAUACAAAAUUGAGGAGCAGCACCGUUUCUCGGCCACACAGUGCUACAGUUAGGGAUGACUUGUAGUCCAGAUUUAAUCAGCCAGUUGAACUUUAUCCCAUUUUCUUUGGCGACUUGGUGAUAAUCCCAGCACAUGGAACUGGCAGCAGACUUCUCAAAAAAAGUGUGAAUCCUCUUCCAAGGGAAAUUCAGAAAGCAUCUUAUCGGCAAUGACCCAAAAUCUGAAGAAAUGACUCUCUACCAUAUGGACAAAUCUGCCUGGAGGUUCACAGGGUGCUUAAACUCUUUCAGUUAAUUCAGUUAAAAGUGUUACUUGCAUUCAAAGCUUGAAGAGUAGCACUUAAAUCCAGCCAGCAUUGUACUUCCCUGUUUGAUUCCGUUUGCCAACUUUUUAUAUUCGCAGUGUCACCAUGAUUGUUAAUCCUGUAUAUUGGACAUUUUUCAUAUUGAAACAACUGCCUUUUUUAUUUGUACACCUCAAAAGAAAUACAUUUGUUUUUUCUUUAAUAAACUGUUCUUAUACUUUGUUUUUGUGAAUUUGAGAAAAUUUAACAUUUUUGUUUUUGAAAUAAAAUAUGUA